GCUGCCCGCCCCCCCGCCCACUCCGCUGUGGUUUCUUCCCGUCUGAGGGACCCGACGGGACGGGGUAACGACGACGCCUUGUGUUGGCAUGUGGGGCGGCCGCCGAAUAGAGGCAGUGCGCAACUGGCAAAGUUUAUCUUUCAAGUAAUCGAGACAGGCAGAUGAGAAUAUGAAGAGAAACAGGAAAUCCAGUCUUGCCAUUUCAUUGCAGUCUCUGAGAAAUUAAAAAAGGAAUAUGUGUUUACUUUGACUGUGAACAAAGUAUCCUGUGGAGAAGCUGAUCAUGACACAACACUGAAGUGUGAAAUGCCUGGGAAGAUGGGUAUCUUUGUACUUCUGACUUUGAGCUUAAUCUUAAACUUGACACAUGGGCAUAGCUUAUUCACAUGUGAACCCAUUACUAUCCCAAGAUGUUCUGGAAUGGCCUACAAUAUGACAUUUUUCCCCAAUGUGAUGGGGCACUAUGAUCAGCAAACUGCAGCUGCCAGAAUGGGGGAUUUCCUUCCUCUUCUGAAUGUCCAGUGCUCACCAGAUAUUCAUGCAUUUCUUUGCAAAGCAUUUGUGCCUGCCUGUUUGGAUCAAUCGCGUGUGAUUCACCCAUGCCGAAGUCUCUGUGAAAGAGUGUACUCUGACUGUAAACAAGUGAUAAACACUUUUGGAAUUAAUUGGGAUGAGGAACUUGAAUGCAGCAGGUUGGAGGAUUGUGAUGAAACUGCUGCUGUCACUCCUUCUCUCACUACAAAAUCUCAUGACACUAAGAAGACUCCAGGACAGCCCAGAAGGGAUUAUGGAUUUUGGUGUCCACGUCAUCUGCAAACCUCCAGUGGCCAAGGCUACAAGUUUUUGGGAAUAGAUCAGUGUGCACCCCCCUGUCCCAACAUGUAUUUCAGUAAUCAUGAGCUAGACGUCGCCAAAAGCUUCAUUGGGAUUGUUUCAAUUUUUUGCCUUUGCGCGACUCUGUUCACAUUCCUAACGUUUUUGAUUGAUGUUAAGCGGUUCAGAUAUCCAGAGAGGCCAAUAAUAUACUAUUCUGUUUGUUACAGCAUAGUGUCUCUGGUAUACUUCCUUGGGUUUGUCCUGGGAAACAGAACUGCCUGUAAUAAGGUAGAUGAAAAACUGCAGCUUGGAGAGACAGUUGUUCUUGGUUCUCAGAACAAAGCCUGCACAAUUGUUUUUAUGGCUCUGUACUUUUUCACCAUGGCUGGAACUGUGUGGUGGGUGAUCCUCACAGUCACUUGGUUCCUAGCUGCCGGACGGAAGUGGAGCUGUGAAGCUAUUGAGCAAAAGGCAAUGUGGUUCCAUGCAAUUGCCUGGGGCAUGCCUGGCUUUCUCACCAUUAUGCUGCUUGCCAUGAACAAAGUGGAAGGUGACAACAUCAGCGGUGUUUGUUUUGUUGGCCUCUAUGACCUGGAUGCUUCCAGAUACUUUGUCCUUUUGCCUUUGUGCCUUUGUGUCUUUGUUGGAUUGUCUCUCCUCUUGGCAGGCAUAAUUUCUCUAAAUCACGUGCGGCAAGUUAUACAGAAUGAUGGCAGGAAUCAAGAAAAGCUGAAGAAAUUCAUGAUUCGAAUCGGUGUCUUCAGUGGCUUAUACCUGGUACCUUUAGUGAUGCUCUUGGGAUGUUAUAUCUACGAGCAGGUGUACAGGAAGAUCUGGGAAACCACUUGGGUUUAUGACCAUUGUGUUAAGUUCCAUAUACCUUGCCCUUAUCAGGUCAAGAUAUUGGCAAGACCAGAAAUAAUUUUGUUUCUGAUGAAAUACCUUAUGACUUUAAUUGUUGGCAUCUCUCCAGUUUUCUGGGUGGGAAGCAAGAAGACUUGCUCAGAAUGGGCAAGUUUCUUCAACAGGAAUCGCAAAAGAGAUCCAAUCAGUGAAAGCCGAAGAGUAUUGCAAGAGUCAUGUGAAUUUUUCUUGAAGCACAACUCUAAAGCGAAGCACAAAAAGAAGCACUACAAAUCCAGCUCUCACAAACUGAAGGUGAUUUCAAAGUCAAUGGGGACCAGUACAGCUGUCACAACCAAUCACGGAACCUCUGCCAUGGCCAUCGCAAACCAUGAUUACUUAAGCCAAGACACGUUCACUGAGAUCAAAAGCUGUCCUGAAACAUCUGAGAGAGAGAUGGAAGCAGAUGGAACGGUCAGCCAGAAAGUGAAAGAGGAAGAGUUUGCCUGCAGCGAACAAAGUGCACUGCACAUGUUACCUAGCCCUAAAGUGGCUUUGGAACAGCUAGAAAAGAGAGGGAAGGCAGACAACACACAGGAUAUUGCCAGCUUAUCUGAAAGCAUGAAAAGAAUGGUCGAAGGAAGGACAACUCCUAGAAGUGAUCUGAUUGAAUCCCUUCCCCUCCAAGUUGGUCAUCCGCACCUUGAUGUUUCCCAGCCAGGCAGUCCCAAGGGGUCACUCUUGUUUGCCCAUUCGUCUUCAGAUUCAAGGAAAGCUCAGGAGUCUGGUCAUAGUUCAAACGCUUAAAAAGGCGAAAUUGCUACGUGAGUCAUUUCAGCUCAUGGAUGGAAUCUGUGUUACACUGGAAAUGACUGUUGUGCUCUGCUUUGCAAGGAGGUGCCACAAUAUACUCCUUGGUUGUACUUCAGGUAAAACUAAAAUUGCAUUGUGAGGGGCCUAGCAACAGCUUCCUCUUCAAACUUUGGGCAUGUCCUAACUAGCAGUAAGUUUGAUAUGAAAAAGAUGAUGAAUAAGUAAGUACUGCUUUUUAUAACCUUUAUGUCAAACUGCAUUGCAGUAGUGGAGAUGGAAGGUAUCUUGAGCUGUGUUAUAAAACUACCACCUCCUUCUAGCAGUGCUAUUUACUGUAUCAUAAAUAGGUGGGUCACACAGGGGCAGGGAAAAGCUGAUGCAACAUGUGAGAAUAACAGUACGGUCCCAUUCUUGGAGAAUCGGCUUAAGCUGCAAAGUACAAGCAAUGACUUGAGCACUUGUGGCUGAAGCAUAGCCCAGUGUCUGCCUUUGCUGCUCUUAUCAGCCAGCUCUGACCUGCAGGCCAGAGAAACCCUUAGCCUAGGUUCUCCAGUAUGGUGCCAGUGGACACUACAUCUCCUUCAGAAGCCCCCCUUGGCACUUACCAAGGUAUCUCCCUAUUUUGGUUUUUGGCGGGGUUGAAUUUUUCAUUUGUCUUAUUUUUUGGGGGGGCGGUUCUUUUGUGAAAUAGGGAUUUCUCAAAUGUCCCUUUCUUAUUAUCACAUCUGGCAAGUACACAUGUACAUCCACUUCUGAUUUCUGUGGUCCAACAGCCCAUGGGAUGCUGCUGAGAAACGUAGUAGGGACCCUGCUUUUGCCUCUGCCCAAGCUGUGCAACUGUCUUCAUGAAUUACAACUGUAUUGUAAGAAUACUGGGUGGUCACUGGUUCAGUUGCUUCUGUGCAGGUAUUUGUAUUGGGUCUAGUAGACAAGUUAUUUUUGUAAAAAAAAAAUCUUAGGUGCAAUGGCUCAUAAAUUUUUGGGCCAGUAGUAAUAUUUUAUGUUAUGGUCUAAACACUGAAAUGGAAAGGGACUCUUGAAUCAAAACCAGUUUUGAAAGUAGCUACUUUUAUACAAGUAUAGCACAGAUCAAUUGUUUCUCUUACACGACAGGAUGCUUUGUUAUAUACCUGUCUCCUACCCUUCAUUAUUAUUGUUAUUAUGCUCAAGUAAGGUAAGGUGGGGAGUGGUGAAGCCAACCACUGUUCAGAUAUUACAGGUAAUAACCUGGGAAUUUACUUAACCUCAGUAUUUCUACUCAGGGUGGUACCUUUCAAAUCUGAGGCUUGAGCACAAUCUAAUAGUAGCUUGCAUUUUAUAAAGUGAGAUUGUGCAUAAAUUGGGCAUUGAAUCCCAUUCCCUUCCCUUUCUUUCCCCCUAUCAGAAUAGACCCUUGAGAGAACAUAUAAACCACAGUACCUAUGAAGCUAAUUUCCUAGCCUUCUGUAGUUUUGAAGAUCUAAGCUGUAACCUUCUAUAAAUAUUUUUUAAUGUUUUCUAUUAGCUUGGAAAAUGGGAGAACUGUGUGUUACUUUGCUACAAGUCAUUCAGUCCUGAUCUUUGCAUUUUAAACAUCAAGUUUUUUGUGAUUUCUGAGUCCAUUUAUUGAUCAUUUAUUGAUAAAUCAGCUUUGAAGCAUCAACUGAUUAAAACAAGCACUUUCUACUAUUCUAGUCUACAGGUAGAAUCUACAAAAACCAAAUCUGUCUGGUUCUACCUGAUAUAGUUGCAGCUUUCUCCAUAAUAUAGCACUUAUUCCAGAGCUGUAAAACAGCCCCUGGGCUGCUUAGAUAUUCUGGGUCAAGGCAGUAAAGACCAUUCAGACAACUUUCAUGGCUUCCAACCCUGGUGCUUUUAGCUUAUACCCACUAGGCCUUGGGAUUUCUGCGCCGUGUCCCUACCUAGCAAUGAUAUAAAAAACAUCCAGUAGUCCUACAGCAAAGCUUGCUUUCACUUGUUUAGGAAGAAACUGGUAGGAUAUCCUGUAGAAGACUGGAAAUAGCAAGCUUGUCUCUUUAAAUUCAGUUGAAUUGCAGCAGUUGGGGUUUGCUGCUUGUCUAGAAAGGUGCAUAUCAAGGACCCGGAUCCUGCGAUCAACAUUUUAGGACUUUCUUUGUGUGCCCCUUCCACGAGAGGUGCAGAGGGUGGCAACACAAGAACAGACCUUUUCUACUGUAGUUCCCUGUUUAUGGAAUGCUCACCCCAAGGCGCCUUCAUUGCAUCUCUUUAGGCACCAGGUGAAAUGUUUUUCUAUAGCCAGGCCUUGGGCUGAUUAACAUGCAAUGGAUGGCCUUUUAAAUAUGUUUGUGAAAGGGGGUGGUUGUUGGUAUGUUUUUGUUACAUAUUUUGUGUUCUCGUUUGAUUUUUUUAUGUUGUGAACCACCCUGUGAUCUUUGAAUGAAGGGUGGUAUACAAAUUCAAUAAAUAAAUAUACUGAGUGUAUGUUUGUGCAGCUCUGAAGCACAAGGGCAGGACAUUUAUCAAGGAAAGGGUGUGAUUAUGCUUAGCAGGGCUUGGGUAAACUGUCCUGGGUAUUUCCCCUUUGAUGCUGAAGUCACUUGCAGUUUCACUGGAUUGUAUUUCCUCUGCAUUCAAUUUAACUGACCGCAGGCUCCAGUAUCUCCAAUCCUGCUGUGGCUCAGGAAUGUUGUACUCUUUCCAAUCCCCUUGCCCUUUUGACUGGAUGGCCCUAGUAACUAAGGUAUUGCGGCACCGAGUUAGGUUGCAUGCAUAGCAAUCAAGCAAAAGAAGCCAAACAAUUUGGAUGUUGUAGCAGUACUCUUGCCCUUUGCCGCUUCUCAUAAAAGAGCAGAAGGAAGCCCAGCCAAGUCUCCCUUUCUUUACAAUUUGUUCCUUUUGCAGGUAGAGUAGGGCAGUUGUGCUUCCUUGCUAAAAGGCUGCAGAAGAUGCCCCUAUACUUUAGAAUGAUAUUUCCUGGACACAGGGUGCUGUCUCCGUAUGCCAAGCACAGCAUAAUGUGGUAGAGCCCUACAUCUUUUCCAAGUCAGUUGUAAUGAUAAAAAAUGAGUCAAAAGCCUGGCCCACAAUGAUAUAUACUGUGCAGUUUACAAUAGUUACAUAAUGUGACUUUGAAAACUGCAUUUUGAAGACUAAUCUGCUCUGGGUCUAGUGAAAGCCAAUGUUUUGUGAUGCACUAACUGGGUCACAAAAUAAAUUAAGUUGUUUGUAUGCAGCCAUCUUGGGAUAGUAGUCCUCACCUGUUGUCAGGAGUCAAUGAUUACAGUUACCCCUGUUGCCAUGGCAGCCAUAAAUUUAAUGCUUCUCAGCAGCCUGCACCAAUAAGCCACUGUAAUAUUUUGCUCCUUAAACAAAAAGUAUCUGUUUCUCCUCUUCAGCCUCUGCUGAUGAGUUGCUAAACCUUCCUUGCUAAACCUGCCAUGCCUUUCCCAAGCCUCUGACUGAACUGGAGGUAGCUGCUCCAUCUUAAAGUCAUUUUCCUUGUGUGCUCAGGUUCUGUAGCUGGGUCAGGCUAAAGGCACAUCUAGUCUAGCAUCCUGAUCUCACAAUGGCCAACCACAUGCCUAUGGGAAGCCCCAGCUUCUUCACUAGUACUCUUUCCGCACUUGUCAUUCCUAGCAAGUGGUAUUCAAAGGUGCAGUGCCUCCAACAUUUGAGGCAGAACAUAGUCCUCAUGGCUCGUAGCCACGGAUAGCUACUAUUCUCCAUGAAUUUGUCUAAUCCUCUUUUAAAGAAGGUGGCCUUCUCUACAUCUUGCUUCCACAGCACCUGCUCGUUUAUUUUAACUGCACAUUCCUCAGUUCCAAACGAAAAGCUGCCUUGAUGUUGUUGAAUUUAAAAUUCCAAAUAGAACAAGUGUUGAAUUUCUAAAUAGAACAAGUGUUGGAUAAUGCCAGAGGGGGGAGAAGACUUUCAAUCUGUCCUGUAAGCACCCCUUUCAUUCUGAAUUGUGAGUGUGAGGAAUAUAUAUUACAUUUGGCUCAGUGGAAAGAGCAAAGCACUGUGCCUUUGUUCAGAUGCACUUUUUGCCAUUCCUGCUGGCUUAUAGAAAUUAUUGUUGGCUACUCAGCCCAACUGCAUUUUACGCUCUUAGGUAAGUAGUGCUAACAGAGAGGAGGGUGAUUAUAACUGAGCUCUUAUCUAGGACACUAACAUUCAUUUGUUUUUAUAGCUCUUCAUCUUUGUAAGUGGUUUUGUGUUUUUUUUAAAGAAAGCACUCCCAGUUUCUUUGUUUUUCAACAUUCCACUUUGUGCAACAUCAUUUGGUUGUCUUGGACACCAAGUGAAACUAUAUUAUAAAAAAGAAAUAUAAAUGGCAACUGAAUAAGGAAGAUAGUUCUGAUGGAUCAAAUUGUUUCCUGUUAUAACAAUGUAUUGAAUUUUGAAUGUAUUAUGUUCUCUGCAUUUAACUUUGUAACUUAUUGCCUUUAACAAAGACUAUUGGUGGUUUAACUGGAUAUUUCCUUAUUUUCAGAACAUACUAUUCUUCCAAUAACUAGAGAGACUUUCAAAGUUGUAAAUAUUCUCUGUGGAAAAACAAUUUUUCUCUUAUUGGCACAUCUGGUUUUUUUAAAAAAUGUCUGCAAUUUGGCAUAUGUAUUUUUACUAUUGGUCAAUAAAGUUUUCUAUACUGUAAAAAGUCACAAACUGUGUUGUGUUUGAAAACAGCUUGGAGCAGGGCCAGCCCUACCGUUAGGUGGAAUCAGGUGGGCACCUUGGGCUCUAAGUCCUGGGGGUACAUGUGGCAGUGAAGUGUUGUCUGCUUAGAGCUUUAUGUGCUGCCCUGCACCUCUUAAGCCAGCCUGCUGUCCUCAAGUAUGGUGGACAACACCAUCCUGAUACAUUGUGGAAGUAACAUUCAACUAGUAGUCUGGUCAGCUUCUGCAUCUUGUCUUCUGCCUCAGGCAACCCUAAACAUGAGUGUUAACCAAAUUUAUAAAAGCUAAGUGGCUAAGAGGUCAAGUGCAAAUUACAUUGCUGGCUGAAGAUGGGAGAUCAGUUUUUCCGAAUGUUAAGGCUUCAACUGUGGCCAUCUGUAUGCUUCUGGAAAGUUCACAAAUAGAUUAUUGUGGAGAAAAACUGUUGAGCUAUUUCUCCCCAGCUUGUGUUUUGAUAUACUGCCUCUGAAUGGGAAGAUCCAGAUUUUGCUACCAUCGCUAGGAGCCAUUGAUAGACCUAGGCACCAUUUUGUGACAAGCAUGAGUACCAACUUCAAUAAAAUUUUGGGAGGCAGGUAAGCCCUGCCCCACAUACUCGUUCACAAGACGCAGUGCAUGAGCACCAUUUGAAUGGUAAUGCCCAUCAACUCUUUUGGGGGGCAGCCUCCUCAAUUAUUUUAUUGGGGAGUGAAGGAGUUGGCUCCUAUGGUAGAAAGAGUUCCAUGUGUUAUUUGUACUCAGUGAACAUUCGUUAUUGUUUUGCCAGUAAGUUUCAUUUGAUGACUUUCUGUUCAUGUGCGCCAUCUCUAAUCUUAUAAAUUUCUAUCAUAUUUGCCUUCCUUAUAGUUUUUUUUUGGGGGGGGGGAUAAAAUUUAAAGUCCUACUUUUAUGCCAUUUCUUGCAGAGAACAUAUUCCACUUCAACCCUGAUAAAUUUUAAUUCCCUUUCCUCCACUGCUUUGAGAACUCUGUGCAGUCACACAAGUUCUGCAAGCUCAGAACCUGUAUGACUGCACAUACGUAGAGCAACAUGCUGCGGUAGCAUUUUGGCAAGCAGCCUGCCCCCCAGGGCAUGACUCCCACCUUCCUAGUCAGAACACAUUUCAUUGUUGCCCCAGCAAUUUUAAUUGCCAUUUUCUGCACUAUUCCCAUGUGGCAUAAUCAGAACUUGACAAAGUACCCCAAAUGAACAUUUGUAUAAUGAUAAAACUGCAUUAGGAUUCUUAGCACUCAAAGUGCCCUGAACUUUAUAAUACUGAAUUUGCUUUAUUCAUUGGUGUAAGAUGCUGUUUUCAACAAGCUUUCCAUAAUGAUAGUGCUAUGCAAAGUUCAAACCAGCAAAAUACCACCAGUAAACCAUGGGUUGUAUCCCACUGAAUCAGUGGGUUCAGGGAAGGACUUGUGCGAAUGCAAUUGAAUUUCUAUUACCUCCCCCACCCACUGCCCCCAAAUCUGCUCUGGGUUUCCCCUCAACCUCUCCCCUCCCCAAACAGAUUUGUGGGCAUUGUGGCAGAGUGAGAGGGAAGAAGGAAGGGAAGUUCGGUCGCAUUCACAGAAGUUCUUCUGUGCACACAGUGAUUUUGUUGGCUACAGCCCCAUGUUUGUUGGUAUUUCAAGUCUGUGUAAACAUCUUCUGGUAAGAGAAAUAAUUAUAAUGUUUCUUCUUCGCAGCACCUCUUUAAAGCAUAACCGUAGCCACCAGCAAAGAGCAGGAGGCAGCAGAGGAUGUUGGUUGUGCUUCUGUUUGAAAUGUUGUGACCUGUUUCAAAGCAAAGUGCAGGGCCCCCCUUUCCCCCUCCACCCAGACUCUUUCAGCCGGCGGUAUGAAGUUUCAUCCAGACUUUCCUUCCAAUUCAGCUGCUUCAGCAGAAUGAGAGAGGUAAGCUUAGCUUUCUGCAAAACACUGAAAGUGAAGCGGCCAAAUGGGAUGCAGCAUAAGAUUUCUCUUUGAAGUCUGACCACCCACUCUCACUGGAGCAUCUCAUUAAAAUGCCACAUCACAGGGAAACUGAGCAUCCAUCAGCUGCCACAGGGUGCUGUGCUCAGUGGUGCUUUGAAGAAGCUUGGCCACUUUUUGUUUGAGCAAAACUCUUGCCAGUAUUCACAUGCAAAACCCCACAAAACAAAAGUGAGAAUUUGGCAUCAAAUGCAACAUGGCUUACAGGAGCUUUAUGGUGUGAAAUCCUCCUAUUGCAUUUUUAUUUCUCUUCAUUAUGAUUCUGUUCCUGUUUUCUUACUCUCUUUGAAAUGCAAGAAAGCUGGGUACUCAUAAGAAUCUUCCAUCUUAUUAAUCUGAAUCUUUUUGGGUGAGGGUAAUUCUGUACAUAACGGGAUUUCUGAUCUUUACUUAACACUGUUUGAGCUUUAUUAAUUUGAUAUACCCAUGGAAGAGGAGAGAGCAACCUUUUUUCUUCUUCUUGCCUAAGUCAAUAUAGAAAUGUAAAGGAAACCAACAUCCAGCAUUUAUGCAAACAUUGACAUACUGAUGCAUGUCUGUUCUCUACAGCUGGGCUUCUUAGAACUAAUAACUUGCUGGAGGUUGAAGCUGAAAAGGAGCUGAUCUGGCCUAUGACAGUACUAUACAUGAGGGGAAUCACUGUAAGUAAGGUUGGAGCCUGUAUGUGUACAGUUCAAAUCAUAAUUCCUAAAAAGAGACUAUAAAAAGGUAAUAUACUAAAUAGGUGAGGACAGAAAAUGUUGUUCUGUUGGCCAAUUCACACUGAUUUUUUUAAGAACCCGCUGUUAAAAAGAUAUAGAGAAAAUACAGAAUUCUAGCUGAUCCCCCACCUCAGCUGUUGUGUGAUUUUAUGGUAAUUGGAUAACAGUGAUGUGCACCUUGAAUCUUUUGCAGGAAGACCUCUAAUAUCCUAUUGAAUCCUAAUAUCAUAAUGAAUUGUAAUUAGGCCCAUUUAUAAUGUAAUGACGAACCAUGGUUUACAUGCUAUGGGAACUCAUUCUGGAAAUGACUGAUUUACCCAGAUAAAUGUUCAAAAUUGCAAUUCAAAAUUGCAUUUUUGAAUUUGUUUAGCUGAGUGCCCCACUGUUCGGAUGGGAAAGCUGAAUAUAAACAUUUUAAUGGAAAAUAAUACAAAUAAGCAAUACAGACGUCCCUGGAGUCAGGAACAAAGCUUCUUAAGACACAAAUAGAGAUGAAUCACAGCCUACCUUUCUUUAUACAAAUGUUUAUAUGUGUAUGCAUAUGUGUGUUCCACUACAGUGUUUGGUAAAACAGUAUCUAUAGAUUGAAGCUACAGGGCAUUUCCCUUGUAAGUCAUGCACUAUGCAUUUAUGUGCAUAGGGUUUAAAUAUUUCCAGAUGGAUUGUGUCAGUGGCUUUAAUGGCAAGUGGGCAGGUCCCAGCAAGCCUUCUCAGUAACAAAGAUAAAUGUGUACAGUGAAGUUCAGCUUCCUGGCAAGCAAUUAAAUGCCUUGUCUUUGACUCAGAACCACGGGCAUUUGCCAGCAAUUAACUGGAGUAAUGCCAGAGAGCUCACAAAUGAAUAUAUAUAUAUAUAUAUAUAUAUAUAUAUAUAUAUAUAUAUAUUGGCCAUUUUAACAAUUGUAACAAAAAGUAGGAGUGUGUGGGGAUUGCCAUCAAAGCAGUGAUUAAGAGUCGCAGAAUCUACAAUCCCCAAAGUGGCCAAGUUACUUCAUUAUUUGGUCAGUGUUCCUAACUCAGUGCUGGUUUCCUAACUAGGCUCGAGGUGGUGAUUCAGAGCAGGGCUGGUUUUGGCUGCAGUUUGUUGUGGGGGGGAAUGGAACUGUCUUUUGGCUACCUCUUUGGUCCACAUCCGUAUCCAAGUACUGUAGAAGAAAAUAAUUGUCAGAAAUAAUUCCCAUUAGAUAUUGUUGUAGCUUUGUGUCUUAAAAUAGCUGCAGAGGAAGUGUAACCUUCCAAUGGAAAAGAGAAAUAUUCAAGCAACUCCAGCGUGAUGCCUCCAACUAUGGAUGUAGUAUAUGACUAGUAACCAUUCAAUGAAUUUGUCCAACCCUCAUUUUAAGCCAUCCAAGUUGGUCCCCAUCACUAUAUCUUGUGGGAGUGAGUUCCAUUGUUUAACUAUAUGUUAUAUGAAGAAGUACUUUUUUGUCUGACAUUUGUUUCUUCCUGCUCUAUGAUUUUGCCCUUUGCCAGUUGUGCUGAUUUUGACUUUUGUACGGUGGAAGCCAUCUUAUUCUUAAAGGUGAAAUGUUGAAGACGCAAAUGCCAAUGGAAAAGUAAGGAGACACUUAAAAUAUAUCAGUGUGGCUGCAUAAGGAGCUUACAGAUGAGCUUAGAUAUAAGAAGAGAAUGCACAAGAAAGGG